AUGUUGGGAAAUGAGACAACUGCUAGUAACUUGCUGAACUGCUGCUUUCUGAAGGGACUGUCUGUUUCGGACGGCAAGGAGGCUUCGCCGAAAGUAGUGAUCAACCUGAAGGAGGAAGACUUCAUUGCCAUUGUCAAAAUUUUACAAUCUCCUGUUGUGCAGCAACUGAUACUACCCAGGCCACUGGUUGCAGCUGAUGUAAUUGGUCCUGCUGCCCCGCUGGCGGAUGAUUCACCACCCAAGAAACCGGCAGCCAUGCAGGAUAAACCCUCCGACGAUGCAAAAAAGAUGGCUGAUGAGAAUGCACCGUCCAAGGAUGAGAGCGAGCGGCCCUUUAGACCGUACCCGAUUGCAAGUACCCGUGCCCUACCAGGCUGUCCACUGUGCGAUGCAUCGGUGUACAGCUACUGCGAUGAAAAGGUGUUCAACGAUGCAUGUUGCUGUGGAGACCUUAAUGGACCGUAUGGUGGCGGAUUUGGUGGACCAGGCGGCGGAUUCGGGGGACCGAUUGGUUUCGGAGGGGGCUUUGGACGAAGUUGCGGUUACCGAGGAUGCAGUCAACUGUUUGCCAACUCCUGCUACGAGCAUCAACUGAUCGUCAACUGUUGCUGUAACUCUCCGUACUAG